CCCGGGUCGUAAAGGUCACUUGCGGCAAUGCCUUGGCCAUGAGCCGAUGGAAAAUCUCGGGGGUCCUCUGCGUGGCGUCUGGCGGCCUUUCUUGGGCGAGCUGGCGCUGGUCGUCCGGCGAGCGCCACGUGGCCCAAGGCGCGACGUCGGGGACUUCGGCGACUUCGGUGCCUUCGGUGACUCCCGACCGCUGCGAGCCAUGCCCUGGCACUGCCCCGUUGGAGGUGACGUUUUACCCGCACGAGCGGUUGAACCCCAAGGUGUCCGUGCGUCCGGGCGGUUUCUUUUCCACGCCCUGGCGGGUACAAGCCGGAAGCCGCGUGCAGCUGGUGCUGCAGCUGCCCGGACGAUACAACAAGGCGUGCCAGAACGCGAAGGUCCUUCGGAACUACAUGGCCUGGUUCGGCGCAGAAGACGCGCAGUUCCUCUUCGCGGCCAAGGGCCUCCCGGCAAACGCGUCGGAGGGCGGCAAGGGGCGGCUCACCUUGGACUUCGUGGUCCACGACGCAGGCGUGUACAACGUGUGGAUCUGGGCCUUUGGGCUGAAGCUCACCCAAGCGGCACGGUUGCCAAAGCUGGUGGCCACGUCCAGCGAGCUGAAUUCCGGAGUCGAGGUCCCGCCGCGGCAGUGCCGGCUUGGCCAAGACACCUUCAAGGACGGGCGCUGGGUCAAAGUCUCGGCUCUGCGGCACGGCGCCUGCAGCAGCUGCACGCCCGAUGGGUACCUUUCGCCCACUUGCCACUGGGCUUUGCCGCCGAGCCCUGAGCGUGUGCUGAGGCACGCCGCUUCAGCAAGCUUGAGACCAUGGGUGGUUUUCAUGGGCUCUUCCGUUUCCCGUGGCUCCGCGCACGCGAUCAUGGAAUUCCUGGGCCAGAGCAGCCUUCGAGAGUUCUGGUACCUUCACCGGUCCCGUGAACCUGGCCACGGCACAGCCGUGAAGUGUUGGGGCUGGUUCGACACCCAGAUCGGCAACCUCCGGGUGUCCUACUCGGAUUUCCGGCUUGUACAGUACAACGCCAGCGGAAUCGCCCAGAGCUUCGCCCGAAUGGGUCAGAUCAUCUCGGAGGGUGUCAGCUUGUUGGUGCUCAACCUGUCGUUGAAGGCCCACACCUGGCGGAACAGCGUCAGGCAGCUGCUCGAGAACCUACGGCCCCACCUCCCGUCUCUGCAAGGCGAGCUGGUGCUUGCCGUGGACAAGACCUCACCUUGGACCUCCGCCUGGGGAUGCGCCAUGAAGGAAAGCCCGGAAGCGAGCAUCUGGAGGCACCUGCGGGCGGUGACCGGGGAGUGGCCCACGCAUUUGAGGGCUCUGCUGGAGAGCAAGCUGCUGGUGGUGGAUGAAAACCCCCUGGCCCUGCCCAUGUUUUUCCACAUGGAGCGCGUGGGCAGCCAGCAUUGGCACCGAUACGAGCAGAGUGCCUCGGGCCGCAGCGUGGUGGGUGCCGAACAUGAUGGGACGGCUUUAUCUUAUGGAGCUCCUGCGGACGCUGGGUCUCAACGAGACACCUACGCUCCCGGCGGCCUUCGGCGAAAAGGUUGGGCAACGUCUCGGGGACGUGCGGAUCUGUGCCGAGUGCACGAAGAAGGGCUGCUGCCCCUGGACGCCGCCGGAUGUGCUCCCGGCCCACAGCCUCUCCAACGUGGGCAUGGAGUUUCUGGAGCUGGAGAACUUAUCGAUCAGCGGCUGCGCCAGCGCGAAGGAGAUUCCUCGUACAAAUGGUUUCAAUGGCAAGAGGUUGACCUCUUGGGGGAGCUGAAAUUCCAGGCUGCCGUCGCAAGUAUCGCAAGUCACCAGGCAGACUUCUGAAGGGUUUCGGGCUGGUCAUCUUCCUGAGCGCAAAUCUUGCGAGUUGGGCUGAGCUCCCUUGGAUUGGAUCAUUGUCCUCAAGGGGGCCUUCUGGUGGCUCUAUAUUAGUCGGUGAGCGGGUAAAGCGCUUUGUCCGCUUGGCCUUGGUUGGCCCCAGUGGGUCUACUUUGACCAAGCCAGUCUGUUUCUUCCAUGUAGGGCAAACGCCCUUUGGAGCCGGAGAAGGGCCAAAGGACCUUGGCAGUACUCUCCUAGGCGUGAGUUG